UGUAUUUUUUUUUUAUUUAAAAAUGGCGGACGAAGAUGUUACUGUUAAAAAAACGACGAAACUACUUGGAGUACGUCAUCUUCAGGCGGUGCUGCUUUUUUUUGCAAUGCUCAUCGCAUUUUCGAUGCGAGUCAACAUAAGCAUGGCAAUCGUCGCUAUGACGGAUACCACUCAAGAAAACUCAUUUGACUGGAGUAUGCAGACCCAGAGCGUGAUAUUAUCAUCCUUCUUCUGGGGCUACGUGAUACUUCAAAUCCCUGGUGGUGAGCUGGCUGCCAAGUUCGGAGGAAUGGUAUUGAUCAUUAUAUGCGUCGGAGUUAAUUCUGUUGUAUCGCUGUUAAUACCGACGGCAUCAUAUUAUGGUGGAUGGCAAAUCGUGUGUGCCUGCCGCGUACUACAGGGACUCUCUCAAGGGUUUCUUUAUCCUUCAGUUCACAACCUGAUUGGAAAAUGGGUGCCGUUGGAAGAGAAGAGCAGAUUGGGCACUUUGAUUUACGCUGGUGCACAACUAGGAACAGCUCUCCAACUUAUGGCUGCAGGAUUCAUAGCUGAUUACUGGGGAUGGCCAGCAAUUUUCUACAUCGUUGGUGGCCUAGGUCUUAUCUGGAUGGUCGCCUAUGUCUUCCUCGGAGCUGCCUCACCAAGAGAUUCUAAGAUGAUUGGGGAAGAGGAAAGAAAUUUCAUAGAGAGCUCAUUGGGUCAUGUCGGCAGGGAUCAAAAGAAACUACCGACUCCGUGGAAAGAUAUAUUUACGUCUUUAUCAUUUUUCGCUUUGAUCAUUGUCCAUUGCGGGCAGAACUGGGGUUUCUGGACGUUGAUGACUGAAUUACCUUCGUACAUGAAACAGGUUCUGGGUGUGGAUAUUAAAUCAAACGGUGUCAUGUCGGCGUUGCCAUACUUGGCAAUGUAUCUGCUCAGUUUCCCAAUCGGUUUCAUGUCGGAUUAUAUUUUGAAGAAAAAAUGGUUGACAAUCACUGCCUGCAGGAAAUUAUCCAAUUCUCUUGGUCAUUUUGGUCCAGCGAUAGCUUUGAUCGGCCUGUCGUAUGUGCCAGCUGGUUCAGUGGCGUUAGCUGUCACGCUUUUGACUUGCGUUGUCGGUCUCAAUGCUGGUCACUACACAGGUUUUAUGUUGGUUCACAUCGAUAUGGCGCCAAACUUCGCGGGUACUCUAAUGGGUAUUACCAACUGCAUUGCAAAUAUAAUUUCCAUCAUCGCACCUCUUGCAGCUGGCGCCAUCAUUCAAGACGAGAAUGAUCCAAAUGAGUGGCGUAAAGUAUUUUACGUAUCUUCAGGCAUCUACAUUGCUGCAAAUAUAUUCUUCAUAGUAUUCGGCACAUCUAAGACACAAGCAUGGAAUGAAACCACAGUUACCGAAGAUGAAGAAAAAACUGAGAAUAACACCAAAUAUUGAGAUAAAUAAAAGGAGACGAAACCAUUUUAUGCAUUAAUAAGCGCAGUACCUGAUUGUAUAGAAAAGGAGUUUACAGAUUUUAAAUACUUCUAGUCCAGACUUUAAUUAUACAAUAUUUGUGAUGAGAAUACUUGUAACUGCAUAAAUAUAUGUUUGUAAGUCUUUAAGUAAUACCGAUCGUUUCAAAAUAAUCUUACAUAAGUACA